AUGGAUCAAUCUUGCAACCCAUCCAGUCCUUAUUAUCUACACCCAGGAGAAAACCCAGGACUUAUGCUCGUUACACAGGUUCUGAAUGAAAACAACUACUCUUCUUGGAGCAGAAGUAUGAGGAGAACCUUGCUUUCCAAGAAUAAAAUAAAGUUUGUUGAUGGGUUCAUAAAGAAACCCCAGAAAAUUGAUACACUGUUUGAAGCAUGGGAAAGGUGCAACAUGAUGAUUUUAUCUUGGAUAACAAAGGCUCUUUCACCACACAUUGCUGAAAGCGUCAUAUAUGUUGAAGAAGCUAAGGAUUUAUGGGAUGAACUGAAAGAAAGGUUCUCUAAAGGUGAUUAUUUCAAGAUUUCAGACCUACUUCAAGAUAUACAUUCUAUCAAACAAGGAGAAAGGGGAGUGAGCCAGUUCUUCACAGAUCUGAAGAUUCUGUGGGAAGAGUUAGAGUCCCUAAGACCCAUACCAACCUGCACAUGCCAGGUCCCAUGUAGCUGUGAUCUUUCAAGGGUAUUCUUGAAGUACAGAGAAAUGGAACAUGUAAUAUGUUUCUUAAAAGGUCUGAAUGAUUCUUACAGCACAGUCAGAACACAAAUUCUCCUCAUGGAUCCUCUUCCUAAUAUCAAUAGGGUCUUCUCUCUUAUUAUGCAACAAGAAAGACAAGAAAAGCAAGGUGUUGCUGAUAUCAAAGCUCUAGCCAGUAUGACUGACAGAAACAACCAAUGGAGAAACCAGGGAAACCAAGGAAGAGGUUCUGGAACCCGUGGUCAAGGAAGAGGAAGGGGAAGAAAUCCUAACUAUGGCAAACAAUGUUCAUAUUGUAACAAAAUGAAUCACACCAUAGACGAGUGCUAUUCUAAGCACGGAUAUCCACCAUGGUACAAGAAAGGAGACAACAACCAAGAAAAAAGGAGUGACUGGAGUUUUGUGAAUAUUUGUCAGAACAGUACCGAACCAGAAGGUACUCAGAACACACAACAGACUGGUAAUAACAGUGUUUUUAAUUCAUUCACAGCUGAACAAAUGGAAAAACUUCUCAGAAUGAUAGAUAGAGCUGAUGAAUCCUCUCACAAAAUCAAUCAAGUUCAAAGGAAUGAAACUGAAAAUAGACAAGGUAAUCUUUCUUGGAUAAUUGACACAGGUGCCACAGAUCAUGUGACACAUGAUAAAAGAAAUUUUGUUACUUUUCAUAAAAUCAGACCUGUUUCCAUCAAACUGCCAAAUAAUACUACUCUCACAGCAGAGCACGCAGGAACAAUGCAGUUUUCAAAGGACUUUAUCAUUUUCAAUGUGCUCUAUAUUCCUGAUUUCUGA